AGGUAGACGAUUAGGUAGUUCGUACUGUGAGUUGUGACUUCUGAGAACAAAAUAAAGUAUUCUAAUUUCAAAUUAAAGUUAUUAAAGUGAUUAGUAUGUUUUUGUUUCAAAUUGUUUUUUCAUAUUUUUUAAAAAUGAAUCCAAUUUAUGAUGCGAUUGUAUUGCUUUUAGAACAUCCUUACAGACGUUGGAGUACAUGUGACAAAAACGAUUUACUUAGGCAAGGCUCAAUUCAUGUGAUACAAUAAGGUUCCUGAUUAAAGAUAUCUUUAAAACAUUUUUUUUUGGAUUUUAAUAUAGUAUAUGAAUAUUAAAAAUCAAUUGUCUACUAGUAAUAAAUCACCACUGAAUUGUUUUGGUUCAUAUAUUUUUAAUAAUUGAUAAGUCUUAAGUUGUAGUUUUAAUUACUAUGUACAGAAGCAUACAAACAGCUUGUAUAGGGCUGAAUAAGUUCCAUCGUUUGAAUGAUACUGUAAAAAAUAUACUAACUAUUGGUUUUAUGGACCAAAUGAGAUGGAGAAGUAACAAACAUUAUAAACCUGAGUUCAAGAAGUUGAGGAGUCAAAAGGUUCUCAAAGUGACUUUACCUGAUUUUGAAGAUGAUGCAAAAGAUUCUGAUGAUUUUAGUCCUGAAAAAUUACGUACUAGAUACAAAGAAAAAGGUAUACAACCCACAAGACCCUGGGUGGAACGAUCAACCUUUAUCAAUAAUACAGGCUCUAUUAUUGAGCCUUAUGUUCCACCAGAAGGAGAUGGCAAAAUUUCACCUAUUAGUACUGCUGGAGCCAAACAAAAAAUCGAAUUAUUAAAAAAAAAAAAAGACACUUGGCAAGCUAUUCGUCAGAUAAGACAAAAUGAAGAAGAAUUUGAAUUAUAUCCAGAAUUCAUAACAAAAGCACAAGAUAUUUAUAUUAAGGCUCAUUCACUUUUAGCCAACAAAGACAAAAAAAAUUUACUUCAAUAUGUUACCGAAAAAGCUUAUGUUGAAAUGGUUCAUAAUAUAGACAAUAAGACAUUACAUUGGUCAUUUAUAAAAUCGGUUGAACCACCUCGUGUUGUUCAUGCAAGAGUGACGGAUAUUAUAACCAAAGAUAAUUUGUUUGCACAAAUUACUGUGCGUUUUCAUACACAACAAACGUUAUCAGUUUUUGAUCGUUUUGGACGCAUCAUUUUUGGCAGUGAUGUAGUUGCUAAAGAUGUUUUAGAAUAUGUAGUAUAUGAAAAACACAUUGUAAAUCAAUAUGGAAUAUGGCGGAUACAUGGAAAAAUCAUUCCUGAUUGGAUGCCUCCUAAAGAACCAGUUAAAAUUACAAAUUUAAUAAAUCUUGAACAUGAAACAGAAACGGCUUUAGAAGCUAUACCAGAUGAAGCAAAAUCUAAAAUUAUACUUCCUGAUGCAUAGCCACAGUUUAUCAAUGUAAAAAACAACAAAUAAAAAUUUAGAUACUUGUUAUUUUA